AUGCUCUCGAAAUUGAACCCCAUGGCCAAGGAAUUUGUGCCGCCGUCUCUGGGCGGGAAUCCGCAAGCUGCAGCCACGGCAGGGCAUUUUGGGUAUAAUGCUAAUGGUUUUGUAAUUCAGCAGCUCGUUAAUUCAGAUGCCCCGACUGAAAAUUCUUUUUCGAGGGAGAAAAAUGGCUACGUUCAAGGCAGGCGAAGGACGAAUAGCAGAACAAACAUGGCUCAAGAGAAGAUAAGGACAGUGUAUGUUUCUGACAUUGAUCAUCAGGUUACUGAAGAGCAACUUGCACCCCUAUUCAUUAGCUGUCGACAGGUUGUGGAUUGCCGUGUUUGUGGUGACCCUAAUUCUGUGCUCCGCUUCGCAUUCGUUGAGUUCACAAAUGUCGAAGGUGCAAGGAAUGCAUUGAGAUUAGCAGGAACCAUGCUUGGCUAUUAUCCAGUGAGAGUGUUGCCUUCUAAAACUGCAAUAGCACCUGUUAAUCCGACAUUCUUGCCAAGAUCCGAGGAUGAACGAGAGACGUGCGCAAGAACUAUUUAUUGCACAAACAUUGAUAAAAAGGUCUCUCAAGCAGAUGUCAAACUCUUUUUCAAGUCCAUUUGUGGCGAGGUCGCUUGA